GGGAUAUGUUUGCAGUCUACUAGGAUUCAUUCCAAAGUGCUCCUACUGGAGUACUUACUCUCUGCCGCAUCUUAACUACGUCACACUCGAAUACAGAUGAGUUCCCCAAUCGCCUCAUUGCACUAUGAACCCACCUACAUCUAUCAUUUCAAUUUGUGUGCCUCAACAAAGGUAAAAGGAAAGGUCAAAAGGAAAGGACUAGCUUUGGGGCCACUUCCGCACUUCGCCCAAGCGCCCAUAGCACCUAGCGCCUUCGAUGCCUCGUUGCAAUCGCCUGUCCUGUCGUAUAUAACUGUACCAAGGUGAGAACCAUUUUUAGCUCAUAUCGCUACCUGCAUCCUCGCCUCCACCACUCCAACCGUGAUGCCAGGGGACCGUACAUCAAAUGAAACCUCUACAAUACCCCUUCAAGUUGUGAUUUCUAGCAGGGGUCGACGUUUUAUCAAACCCAAAUUUCAGCGGCUUCGCCGUUUUAUGUCCCUUGUCUUAAUUGGCAUACCUUCACUUGGGGGACUUCUCCAGAUAUUAGAGCAGGAAGAUGGAAUGCAGUGGCGUGAACUGAAAAAUCAGUUGGUUAACCGCACGUCAAAUGUUACGGUCGUUGGUUCCCUUGUGACGGCAGCGGCUGUUUCGUUUGUGACAAGUAAAACCCCGUCGCCCAUAACAGCCUGGGAUGAUUCGUUUCCGUACGUUUGCCUUUUGGCCGGUGGUCUGUGUUCCGCUUUGUGUGUUGUGAGUGGCCUUGGACUUGUUAUGUUUUUGAAUGCUGUGCAACCUCAGACUGUAAGAGAAAUAAAUACAAGCACAUUCAAGCUUACAAUUGUUGCUGUGUUGCUGGCGAUGCCAUUCUUCUGGCUGUUUACGGGCAUACUUGUACCAAUUAUAGGAAUGACUGUAGCUGUCUGGCUUGGUGACAACACUUUUGCGAAGGCGAGUGUAAUAGUGGGCGUCAUGGCACGCAAUGCAAUGAGGCUGCAUUCCACAUGCGUCACUGCGAAUGAGAAAUUGGAGAUGUCUGAAGUCACUGCGAUCCCUGCCCAGUAUGUACCCUUCAACUUAUUAAACACAAGUCUGGACUUCUCCGUUAGUUGGCUGUGUGCCCAAGAUCCCGCUUCACCGUGCCCUUGGUUAGUAGUGAUCACGAAAAUCCCUUACAUUGUCACCUCGAAUCCUGACAUCAACAUAUUGAGUCGCGUGCAAGGGAGCAUCCAGUCCCUCGGAGCGCAGCGUGCGUGGCAAAACAAGUGGUUAGUCUCAAGCGACACGCGCUUUACCUAUGCAGCUGAGUUGAGAGUGGACAGUGCCAUAAUUCGACUGGUCGAUGGACGCGUAAAGUACACAGUAAGUUCGGGCUGUGCCUCCACACGGGCGCUGAAUGCGGGAAUCCCCUCAGACGUUGGAUAUUGGAUUCCUCCAGUUCGCGAAUAUCAGCACUGGGAAAUUGAUCUGAUCGCAAAAUUGCCGCAGUGGAGCAGGGUCAUGGGCAAAAGAGACGUGAAGGCGGCCCCGAACGGCGGCACUAGUUCCGCAGGCCGGGCGAUUGAUUCUGCAACUCGUGCGCAUGCUGUAGCUGAAAGACAAGUGACGAAGAGACGGGACAGGCGGUAAGAAAUAUAAUGAUGCAUGUGGUCAGAAAAGGAAGGUGACAGAUGAACUUGAG